UUUCCCAAUCGAAACAUUCCAGCACAGUGUAGUGAUCGUCCUGCCAUGCUGCUGCUGGGACUCUAGUGCGUGUUCGGAUCGCCGGGACUGUCAUACCUGUCUGUCUUCUUGCGCUCCAGAGUCAUGGCUCCGUUUGGAAAGAACUUCCUGAAAGCUCGGCUGAAGAACAGGACAAAACAAGCUGAUCCUGUGGUCGGGAAGGAGAUUCAAGUUACCGUCUGCAACGAAGAGAAGGUCGUAUGCGGAGUAACAAAGCACACCACAUGCACAGAUAUGAUUCAGGCAUUGCUGGAGGACCACAAGUCUCUUCCAGAGAGCAAACGGCUCCUGGAUGGGGAACCCAAAGACUUCUGUCUCGUGGAGCGCUGGAGAGGCUUUGAACGGGCCUUGCCGCCUCUUACCAGAAUCCUGAGGCUUUGGUAUGCCUGGGGUGAUGAAAGACCCUUCAUCCAGUUCCUUCUGGUAAAAACUAGUGAUUUUGUGCCGCAGACGGCUAAGAACAGUGGAAAGUCCAAGGGAGCCAGGCCGAAGCGAUGGGAGCUAGGUCACGCUCAGUGUGGCCAGCCUCUUCCUGUGGACAAGCAAAAGCGCAGGGUCAGAAAGGCCUUCCGGAAGCUGGAGCAGCUUCACAAGGAAAACAGGAGUUCCCCUGGCGCCGACGAGGUCGAACGGAUGGUGCAGCUCAUUCUAAACCAGGACCACAUGAUCAGGGAGCAGAUCCAGCGCAUGAGGGAGCUAGAUUCGGAGAUCGAGCGGUUUCAGGACCCAGCGCAGCGGGAGGAGGAUUCUGAGAGUUCUGCGGAUCAGGCUUGUGGCUUGAGUUUGGCAGCAAACAGUGAGGAGCAGCUGGAGAAGUACUUAUACACCUGUGAUGGCAUCGAGCAGCUGGAAACGCAGGUCCAGCGGCAUGAGGAUUUCAUCCUCCAGCUGUCCCAGGAGAUCGACGCCGAGCUGAGGAAGUUAUGUCUCCCUCCGGUUCCAGAAGAGGACAGCGAGGAGGAAGGAGCUGCCGCCGCUGCUCAGUCCCCCUCUGACGCUGACGAAUCCUUCUACAGAGCAGAGCUAGAGAGGCUACAGGAUGAACUGAAGCACAGCCUCUUCAGUGGAGUGGCUCUGCAAAACCAGGUUGCAGAAAUGGACAAGCAGCUUGUGUACAUGGACAGCUCGCUGAUGGCCAAGGACCAGGAGUGUUGGCAGGUGGCUGCCCAGCUUAACUCUCUGCAAAUCAUGGACAGCGCGGAGGAAAAGACGGCCAGCCUCGUCCAUGUGAGCGAGGCGCAGAACAGCCUGGCCCGGACGGUAAAAGCUAAAGCCAGCCUGUCCCCAGCAGACGUUACAGACACGGACUCAGACACCGGGAUCAGCUCCACGCACAGCCAGGACUCGCUGUCGCCGUGUCUCGACUUCCCUCCUCCGCUUGAUACAGACGUUUAGAGAAAGUCUGAAACCUUUCCGUUUAUCAUUCCACGCACACCAGUCGCAGGUUAUGCUUUUCACAUGUCGUCUGUAGGCUUGAACGCUGUGUUGAUUCAUUUUAAACAAAAGAAAAACUGGCUCCUGGCUUUUCUGGAGAGAUGUUUAUUUAUUGUUUUGUUUCUGGACAGCGGCAGAGACAGUGGGUUCGACAAGUGUACACAUUCCUGUAGUAGCGUUAGAUUUUUUGUGAGUGUUUUCCAACUUUAAUGUGACAUGUAUUCUGUUUUAUUCAAC